UCACCUAUGAACCACAGAGUGUGGUAGCGCUCCGCCAUAUUGACUGUUGUCUUGACUGAAGAAGAUAGGGAACAUUUGUGAUCCUAGAAGAAUCGAAACCGUGCUUUUAAACAUCUCUAAACUGGUGCAACCUUGGCCAAAGGAUAUAUCCGAUACCUGCGUGAUGGCGAGGAAGAAGAGCAAACAGCAAGGAGUCGGGAGCAAGGAGCUAGUGCCCGGACAACAGAGCAUAUCGAAGAGCCCCGUCUCUCCCGGAGAUGCAGCUGGCGGUGGUGGCGGAGAUGCAGGGCUGGAUAGACUGGCGGCCAGGACGAAUCAGCCGAGGCACACCUGCUGCCUCCUGUGUCACCGUGAGUUUAAGGACUGGGGGGCGAGCUCUGCCAACGGUCUGCCUGGGGGCCACGGGGCGAAGCUAGCUGACGCUGUCCCAGCCCUGUCCCAGGCCCUGCUCAGAGAGGUGCCGGGCCAGAAGCUGUCCGACACCGUGCCUUCGCUGAGCCAGUCUCUACUGGGAGAGGUGCCGCUCUGGAUCUGCCAGAGCUGCCGAAAGAGUGUUGAGGAAGAGGAGAGACAGAGCACCCAGGAAACGCCUGCACCGGUUCCGUUGUCCCACUCGUCGUCGUGUAAGGCUCAGAGUUGUGGGAAUGGUUACCCAGAGCAGAGCUCCGUAGACUGGGACCCGUCUUCCUUCCUCUCAGCCCACAAACUUUCUGGUCUCUGGAACUCGGCUCACAGCAAUGGAGGGAUCCACUGCAAUCACAGCACUGCCUCGCACGCACAGCAAGGAACAGGGGGACCAGCGUGUCACGAGAAGCGAGUCUCUCACGAGGCUCCUGGGAAAUCUGCUAAAACGCCUGGAGCCAAAGUGUGCCCCUACAGUCACCCUUCCCAGAAUUCCAGUGGUUCGUCCCCCGGGAACCCGCUCUCUACCUCCGGGGACCUCUGUAAGACCACCCCAAAGCACUUCAAAACCAUGUGCCGACGACCAACUCCGCCUGGUGAAGCAUUCCACCCCAGCGACCACCACCAACACUCAGACCUGUCUGUCCCCCCCAACAGCCCCACUGGCCUCUCCUCCUCCUUCUCAGCAUUCCUCUCUCCUGCCCCUCAAGCAGAGCUCCGAGGGCAGCAGCACAGCCAUGUCACAUCCUCCUCCUCUCCCAGUCUAGCUGCUCACGCUCCCUUCUCCCCGCUGUACCAAACCUCCACGUCCCCGCGGCAGGGCCAAGCUGGGGGCCCUGGUGGCCCUGACUGCCCAACAGGGGCUCUCCAUAAGCCCUUGGCAUAAAACUCACACAUUCCUCCUGUAAACGUCAGCACAGCAAACUGGGCCCUCCCUGAUGGCUGUAACCACCCAUGCAAUGGCCACAGUGGAGGGCACUGCCCUCCAACUGGAACACCUGACCUGGGGGCAACACCUGACCGCUGGCAACACCUGCGCUGGCAACACCUGACCGCUGGGCAACACCUGACCGCUGGCGCAUGCAGGGACCAGGCGUGUAAAGGACAUAAGCUGUCUAACGGGGCGGGGGGGUUAUGUCACCCCCCUUCGGAGRUGGAGGAGGGAGAGGACGAGGACUCUAGUUCGGAGAGGAGCUCCUGUGCUUCCUCCUCAAACAACCAGAAGGAUGGGAAGUACUGUGACUGCUGCUACUGUGAGUUCUUCGGACACAACGCGCCCCCGGCCGCUCCGACCAGCCGUAACUACACAGAGAUCCGUGAGAAGCUCCGGUCCCGUCUGACGCGUCGUAAGGAGGAGUGUCUUCCCCAGAGACGGGACUCGGACCCGUCCGUGUCCACCUCCAUCGACCACCGAGACGUGGACGAGCUGUUGGACUUCAUCAACUCCUCAGAGCACAAACCAGCCAACAGCGCGAAGGCUGCCAAGCGGGCACGCCACAAACAGAAGAAGAAGGUGAUGUCAAAUGACAUGGAGAAGCAAACCCAGGCGGGUAGUGGUGAUGGGAGGAGCUGGUAUCGACCCCCCCUCAACCCCUCCAGAGCCAGUGAGACCCAGACCACUUCAGUCAGGAGGAGGAGGAGGAGGAGGAGGAUGUGGACGGGGAGGACGGUGAAGGCCCGGGCUAGUCGGCUGCUGGAGUGGCCCCAGUUGGAACUAGAGAGGGUCAACUCCUUCCUGACCUCUCGGCUAGAGGAGAUCAAAAACCACAUCAAGGACUCUAUCCGGGCCUCGUUCUCCAUGUACGACCUCAACCUGAGAUGUGAAUGACUUCCCGAAGAAGGCUGCUACUCUGGAGGGCAACCAUCUUCUCUCCCACCUCAACGGCUCUCCUGCUCUGACCUGCAGCAGAUAGAUCUAGACCUGGCCCCUCUCUCCCUGGGUACCUUCAAGAGCCAUCUGGACCUGGUCAGCGGCUGGGAGGAGGCCCAUCCCGGGACAACUCCCCCAUCGGCCCCAUCUCACCCCCGGCUUGUGCUACUGUACCUGGGUAGGGGGACCAUGGGCUGGUACUGGGGCGAAGGAUGUUCAGAGGCUCCACACCACCCCCAGCCUCUCCAAGCUCAUCCGGGUGCGUUCCCCAGAGAGGUGCCGCUCUGCGCUGGUUCUGGUUCCAAACACACCUUCACUCGGCUGAGAGCCAGAGAACCGGGCCAAGGAGGGCAGAGGAGACCAGGCCCACCCGGCAGCAGGCCACCAACGGGCACAGUGAGUAGCUCGGGUGCUACCAGCACCCAAAGAGGGAAGGGGGAGGAGCAAGAGGCCAAAGGUCACUCUGUCACCUCAGCCAAUCACAACCAAGCCAGCAGCAGCAGCAGCCCAAGGGGAAGAAUAAGAAGAACAAGAACAAGGGAAGAAACCAGCCGCAACAUCGGAGAGGAGACGUGUCAGGAGAGGAGACGUGUCAGGAGAGGAGACGUGUCAGGAGAGGAGACGUGUCAGAGGAUGUUUUCUCCUAAAGACGUAGACCCAAAAGAAAUGGAUGAGAUUGAUCGUGAGGUGGAAUACUUCAAACGGUUUUGCCGCUCUGCUAAACAGACCCGCCAGAAGGUUGCAGUAAACUGGUCACUUUACCUUCAAAAAGGUUCCUUCCAACGCAGCCCAGUAACUGACUGGUUCUAGAAUGCAGAACCCCCCCCCCCCCCAA